UCCGAGCCGGCCCCGCCUUUCGCCGCCCUGAAUCUCACAAAGUCGCGGCCUAGCCCUGCUGUGCGGGCCUUGCACCAAGUCCAGGGCAACCUGCGCCAUGCCGAUGACACUGGGUUACUGGGACAUCCGCGGGCUGGCUCACGCCAUCCGCCUGCUCCUGGAAUACACGGACUCCAGCUAUGAGGAAAAGAUGUACACGAUCGGGGACGCUCCUGACUAUGACAGAAGCCAGUGGCUGAAUGAGAAAUUCAAGCUGGGCCUGGACUUUCCCAACCUGCCCUACUUAAUCGAUGGGGCUCACAAGAUCACCCAGAGCAACGCCAUCCUGCGCUACAUUGCCCGCAAGCACAACCUGUGUGGGGAGACCGAAGAGGAGAAGAUUCGUGUGGACAUUUUGGAGAACCAGGCUAUGGAUACCCGCAUGCAGCUGGCCAGGGUCUGCUACAACCCUGACGUUGAGAAACUGAAGCCCAAGUACUUGGAGGACCUCCCCGAAGUGCUGAAGCUGUACUCACAGUUCCUGGGGACAGGGCCCUGGUUUACAGGGGACAAGAUCACCUUUGUGGAUUUCCUCACUUACGAUGUCCUUGACAUGCACCGUAUAUUUGAGCCCAAGUGCCUGGACGCGUUCCCCUCCUUGAAGGACUUCAUGGCCCGUUUUGAGGGCCUGAAGAAGAUCUCUGCCUACAUGAAGUCCGGCCGCUUCCUCCGAGCCCCUCUGUUUUUAAAGAUGGCCAAAUGGGGCAACAAAUAAAGCCCUGUCGUGCCAGGGGACGGAGGAUUGAGCCACUGCUGUGCCUGCCACCUGGGGCCCUGGAGAACAGCCGGAUUAGAUUCCCUAAAUACCACCGCACCAGCCAUUGAUUCCUUUGUUUUUCUUUCCACUCUUUUCUCCCCCCAGGGACUUAUUGGUGCCUUUUAUUCUAACCUGACCUCUGCCCAUACAGGCUCUUUACAGCUUCACCUGCACACUUUCCUUCCUCAAAGUCCCCCUGCUAACGUCACCUGUCCCUGUGCUAACGCCAAGCUGACCCUCUUUCUCAUCAGUGCUUGUCUCUGCUCUGAGAAGCCAGGACGGACCCCGAGUUCCCCAGCAGUGCCCCGAGAGGCCAGUCCUGCCCGGUGUGCAGGCCCCGCUCCCCAGCUAGUUCCCCGCGCAGCCCUGCCUGAUGCCCAAUAAAGCCUGAGCACUC